AGGUGUGAACGGACUUGGUCGUUCAGCUUGGUCAGCUUGGCAAGCAGCCUCUCAGUGCCGGUCAUUCUGUCCCCGCGGCUGGAUCGUCGUGGUCUCCGUCCCUUGCAGUGCUGAGUGGGUUGUUUCUGGUUUGUCCCGUGGGUUGGUUCUAGGGGUUCUUUAUCAACGGCUAUUCCCAGUGGAGUGUCAGUUCCCAACUGGACGCGAUCGUGGACGGUACUCGGUGAAGGAAGAAAAUAAAAUUGACGGUUCCGGAAAAUAUCUGGGGAUUUCUUAGUAGGUUCUUAUUAGUGAAGAGUGCCGGAAGUUGACCGUGUCGGGUUUAUUGCAAAAAAAAAGUGACAUUUUCAACUGUCCCCCGGUGCUAGCAUAGAGGCGAAAAAGUUUCCAAAAUUUGGCUGUGGUGUGAUAAGUGAGUGUGAAUCAGAGAGAGAUCAGAAUUUGGAAGAGCAGAGGAAGAGCUAACCAGAUCAACAGCCAGAAGCUACAGCUACAGCAGCAGGUCGAGAUGAGCAAACCGGCGGCCAAAAGUGGCAAUUUUAUGCUAAUAGCAUCAAUUGUGAUAUUAUCAGUAAUUCCAUAUGGACGAAGUCAAGAUUUCGGCUACGACGGAGAAAAAGGACCAUCGCACUGGGGCGAGCAGUACAACAGCUGUACCGGGAAGCACCAGAGUCCGAUCAACAUCAACUCGCUGGACGUGAAGAAGGUGAACCUGCCACCGUUGGUCUUCGACGGGUUCGACAUUGCCCCGCUGCAGACCAAUUUGACCAACAAUGGGCACACAGUGGCCGUCACCGUCAAGUCUGACCACAUCCCGACGAUCUCCGGGGGUCCCCUGCACGGCGUCUACCAGUACUCGCAGCUGCACUUCCACUGGGGUGACAAUGACACCUUCGGCAGCGAGGACAUGAUCGACAAUCACAUCUUCCCCAUGGAGUUGCACGUGGUGUUCUUCAAGCGGGACUACCGGAACGCCAAGACGGCCCUCGACCACUCGGACGGGCUGACGGUGCUGGCGUUCUUCUACGAGAUCUCCUCCGAGGACAACCCGCGGUACGAGGAGUUUGUCCAGCUGCUGGGCAACGUGACCAACUCCCACAAGACGGCCACCUUCGCCGAUCCGCCCUCGCUGAAGGAGCUGAUCGCGCAGGACCUGCUCCACUAUUACACGUACAACGGAUCGCUGACGACACCCCCGUGCAGCGAAGUGGUCACGUGGAUCGACUUCAAGGAGCCGAUCAUGCUGUCCCAUGCGCAGAUCGAGGCGUUCCGUGCGCUCGAGGACGAGGAGGGCCAUCCGUUGACGCACAACUUCCGGCCCAUUCAACCGCUCGGGGAUCGCGUGGUGCUGUUCAACACGGACGAAAUCAUCAAGGACGUGGACCUGGGCGUGGAUGUGCCCCCGAGUGAGGUGGAAAACAGCAACCGAGUUGAGGAAGAGGUGCGGAAACCGUCGGGGUCCAAGCAGGGCAAGAAGGGCAAGGACAGUGGCGUCGCGAGGGGGACACCGGUGGCGAGUUGGGUGCUUUUGGGGUUGGCGUCGAUGGCACUGCUGGCGGCUAGCCGGUACUGAAGAAACUGAAACUCCUCCGCUACA